AAAAAUGCUCAUCAGUUACCAUCAAUCAACAAAAUUUAAUCAACAAAUCUGCUCAAAAUUUAUAUUACAAAUAAAUUUACCUUAAAUUUUUUUUAUAAUGGAACUUGAUAUUUGGGAGGGUGAUUGGACUCUUCCAUCCGUAGAUUUAACUUGUUUGCAAGUGAUGGCUUAUUCUAAGUUUUCUGGUGCCCCUAUUAAAGUUCUGAAGACUAACUGGUGUUUGUCAAGAUAUGGUCAUUUACCCGUGUUUCGGCAUACUAAAAAGAAUACUUUAACGACAUUUGAUAAUAUUGUGUCAUAUCUUCAAAAGCAGAAUUAUAAUGCUGAUGUUGACUUAAGUCCGAAACAGUGCUCAGAUAUAAUUGCAUAUACUGCUUUACUGAGAGACAAGCUUUAUCCUGCAUUGCUGUAUGUGUGGUGGGUGGAUGAAAAGAACUAUUGUGAGCUGACACGCCCAUGGUAUGCUAAAGUGCUACGUUUUCCCCUCAACUACUUCCUUCCUGGUCAUCAGCAGAGGGACGCCGUCAAAAAAAUCCAAACUCUUUGGAAUAGCAGUGAUCUCAUCAAUGAGGACCAAAAAGAAAUUGCUCUUUACAAAGAUGCUCAAGAAUGCCUGAAUCAGUUGUCACAUCGAUUGGGAGAUAAUGAUUUCUUCUUUGGGAAAACGCCCUGUUCUUUAGAUGCUAUUGUUUUUGGAUUUCUUGCACCACUUUUAAAAGCUCCCUUCCCGAAUGCAGCACUACAAAAUCAUUUGAAAGCCUGCACAAACCUGCAGAAGUUUGUUGACAGAAUAUUACAGAAAUAUUUUCCUUUAUCUCCCGAAGAACUUGAGGCUUUGAAAAGAAAAAAAGAAGAAGAAGCAGAAGAAAGAAAUGAAUUUCCAAAUAAAUGGCGAAACAUCAUUUUCUCAGGUUUAUUUGCUACCAUUAUGAUGUUAUCUUAUGCAGCAACCACUGUAAAGAUUAAAUAUCCCACAAGAAAUGAAGACUACGCUCAUGAUGAUUAUGAACACUAUUAUGAAAGCAGUGAGAAACAAAACAGCUCUUCUCAUUAGAAAAUAAUUUGAACAUUAUUUUAAUGAAUUGAAGUGUUUAGUGAAAGAAUGCAUGUAAUUCCUCAGAAAUAAAAGUGUAUCUCAAACUUU